AUGCUCACUGCCGCCCCGCUCGCUGCUGCCAUCCUCGCUUCCGCAACAGGAGCCACCGCCACCUAUAGCCUCAUGAAGGAGUUUUCCGGAGAUACCUUCUUCGAUGACUGGGGAUUCUACGGGAACUACGACAACCUCACGAACGGCGAUGUUACUUUCGUGACCAAGGCGAACGCUACCUCGGAGAAGCUUGCGUACGUCAACGACGCUGGCAAGGCGAUCAUCACGGUCGACAACACCACAUCAGUUGUCUACAACUACAAGCGUGAUUCGGUUCGCAUCGCUACUGUGGACUACUACCCGGUUGGAUCGGUCAUCGUCUUUGACGUGACCCACCUGCCAUAUGGCUGUUCCGUAUGGCCGGCGUUCUGGACGAAGGGCAUCAACUGGCCUGCGGGUGGAGAGAUUGACAUCGUCGAGGGCGUCAACCUGAUGACUGCCAACCAGAUGGCCCUCCACUCUGACAGCGGCUGCAGCUCUUCGUCAUCCGCCACGAUGUCCGGUACUGUCGGCUCCGUGACUGAUUGUUCGAACGCUUCUGGGUGCAUUAUCGAGGAAUCGCAGUCGAGCAGUUAUGGAGAGGCGUUCGCUAACGCCGGCGGAGGCGUCUGGGCGACCGAGUACUCGACGGACGGUAUCAAGAUCUGGUUCUGGAGUCGCGACAAUGUCCCCACCACUAUCUCGGCCGCUGGCUCUUCGAUCGACACUUCGUCUUGGGGCACUCCCUCCGCUAACUGGCCCGCUUCGUCUUGCAACGUCAGCGAGUACUUCUCUGGCCAGCAACUAAUCCUCGACAUCACUCUCUGUGGUGACUGGGCCGGCUCUGCAUCCGUCUACAAAGCCACCUGUGGUGGCGACGGCUCCGCGACGGCGUGCUACAUCAACAACGUCAUCAACACGCCCACCAACUACACGAACGCGUACUUCGAGAUCAACUACAUCAAGAUCUUCUCGAGCUCCGAGGUGGUCCUCACCCCGACCGUCUCCGGUUCGUCGACGAUCCUCGUCACCGAGUCCGCGACCGCGACGUCGAGCUCGUCCUCAGCCUUGUCCAACGACGACAGCGCUGCGCCAUCAUACGCGCGCGCGUAUGCGGCGUUUAUCGAGGCGACGAUUCUCAGUGGGGCGUCGUGGCUCUUGUUGUGA